AACCGAGGGAGGGAGGAGGAUUCGAAGCAGAAGAAAGACAGUCGUGACAGUUGGCCAUCGUUUUAAAGACGAUGGUAAUUCCGAUUACCGUUUUAUCGAUGUUGAUGCAGCCAAGUAGACCGGUGAUACACGUUAUGCUAUAAGAGGAUCUAUACGGACGGCGAAGCAAGAGAAGAGGGCAAUCGACGUGGAAGCUUUCAAGGCUAUGGUAAUAUUAACGUUAGAAAUUAAACCAUCGGCCGUGGCACGAUGGAUGUUCGCUAAAAGCAUCGCGAUCGUAUUAACAUCCAACUGGAAAGGAAGAAAAGGAAAGAAAAAUCUUGUAGCGAAAUAGCAGGGAGUAGAAAUUAGGAAGAAGAAGCGUGAACGUUACUCUUUCUCUCUCUCUCUUUUUGUAUAUAUGUCUUUCUUUCUCUCUCUCUCUCUCCCUCUUCCAUCCUGCUCAACAGUGUCUCUGUAUUGUUGGAUAAAAAGGAAGGCAGAGAUUUCUUCACAGAAGUAGCCCGUUGGCUGUGGAACAGUAGCGACGGAAUCCUGAAAGCCACUCGAGGAAGAAAGAGCCGCGGAAGAACGCUUGGUUCUAUGGCCUAGAGCAUCCUGUAUUUCUGAUAACGUACAGAACUCGGUAAGCUUCCCAACAAGAAGGUUUGUGAAUGAAACCGAAUGAGAAACCGGUAAGCGAGGAGAGGAGAAGCCCUUUUGCCCGAAGGUACUCUAUUAACCUUAUUGCCAAAGGAUAUCGUUUUGCGCCAACUCCGACAAUAUUCGCCUUGAUACGGUUCAAGUUCGACGACCGUUUCGACGCGUAUACCUUUCACUUUGUUCCUAGAUCGAAGAGAAUCCGUACGAAAAGGAACUUGCCUCGAAAUAAUUUCCAAGAGGUCGUAAUCUAUAAUCGUGGAAGAAUAGAAACCGGAACGCGGAACGACGAUCGAGGAGUAACUUGCCAAACUUGCCUUUUUUCCUUGACAUUCGGUUGGCUCGUGCAGUUCAUGGAUCCCGAUAACGGGAGGCGAACAAAAUUAACUUCCGCCUCGUUUCUAACGAAGAGAAAGAAGCCCUUUUGCGAGAAACCUCCCUUGGCCAUCGAGGAAGGAACGGUUCACCGAUAAUUUUAUGAAUUAACGACAGUUUAACGACCCUAACGACCAUCGUUGCACUCCGAUACUUUGGAACGCGAUUCACGACCCACGUAGAAACUCCGGUAAUCCGUGAAUUCGCGCGGUAUCUUUGAGAGACCGAGGAAUUGAUCUAGCCAACUUACUCCUAGCCGCAAGGAGAGAUGUUUCAGCCCCAGGACGGAGGCCAGUUCUGCCCCUAGGUUUCCAGGGCAACAGAAACUUUCCUCUUUUCCCCGGUUGCGCUAAUCAAUCCUUGGAAAGGGAGGCGACCCCGGUAAACAAUUGCAACACGGUGGAACGCGAUAAAAGGUUCCCUCUCUUAUUCAGUUCCAAGGUAUCGACUCGAUUCGACUCGACUCGACUCGCGGGAGAAUCGAAUUUCCUUCGAACGACGAACCUGGAGAGUAGCGACGAGUUUGUUCGCGCAACGUCCCUUGCUUCGCCCGGGGAACGGGAUUUCCAAUCUCUGAUAAAACGUGGAAGGUUGGAGACGGGUUAACGGAGGCUGGAACGGAGGAACGACGCGGUGAAUGUGGGCUGGGGACGAGGCAAUCGGUGGCGAGCCGGGUGAAAAAGGGCGAGGCAGAGAAAUAUGGUGCACGAGGCCACGGGUCUAUGGCACGGCGCGGGAUUCAGCGUAUCGAGGUGGCUGAUGAUCAUAAUACACGGAUACCGGGCCACCACCCUUUUGCUAUCCAUUCUACUUAACGUGCUGGUGCGAACUGCCGAGUAUCCGACAGCGGCCACGGCGGAGAUCGUGCCGACGAAUGGGAAUUCGUUAGAAGCGAGCAUGAAACCAUUGGACAUCGAUCUACCGCCCACGCUUCCGAUGAGCUUCGGCACCGAAAAUUCGACGGUGAUCUCCGCCCAAUCUGGAUCCACCGCGCUCCUGCCUUGCGUCGUUCAUAAUCUCGGGGAUGGAAUGGUGUCGUGGAUCAAGCGGAAGAACGUCCAGGAGUUACUCACCGUAGGACUGACAACGUACGCGAACGACGAGCGUUUCCAGGCAAUUCAUUUCCACCACAGCGAGGAUUGGACUCUUCAAAUAAAAUACGUUCAACCGAGGGAUGCUGGAUUGUACCAGUGCCAAGUAUCCACCCAUCCACCCACGAGUAUAUUUCUGUUCCUCGAGGUUGUUGAGGCCAGAGCAGAGAUAGCCGGUCCCUCGGAGAAGUUCGUGAGGCCAGGUAGCACUCUGCAGCUUCACUGCCUCGUGAAAAAAUCGACCGAGACGCCUUCCUAUUUAUUCUGGUACCAUAACUUCCGGAUGAUCAACUACGACGUCGAUCAGGGGGUGAACGUCAGUACAGAUCUGGUGGGACGGGAGAGUUGGCUGGAGGUACCCCGUGCGUCCGAUCGCCAUUCCGGAAAUUACACCUGCGAGGCGAGUAACGCUCAACCGGCGCGAGUGCUGGUGCACGUGUUCAAAGGAGAUAAUCCAGCAGCGAUGCAGCACAGCAUCGCAUCGUCUCCAUCUGUCAUGGCUUGCAGCGCCCUAUUGAUGAUGUUCACCACGUUGAAACUCGUGCUGCAUUCCACGACCACGAACUGACCAUUGUGUCCCGCCACGUGUGUCGUGCGAAAUAUAGAAAAAUAAACGUUGAGAUAAUAUUUCGAAAGCGAAAACGGAUAUAAAGUUGGGAGUAAUUUAAAGGGGAUAAGAGGGAGAAUAAAUUUCGUCGAAGUUGCGUGCAUGCGUGUAUGUGUGUAUGUAUGCGUGUAUGUUUUACGACAUUACAGGUGCAGUUUGUUUCGACGAGAUUGCAUCGAGAGACUAUGGUUGGAUCUAGAACUACCAAUUUUUGAUCCUCGAGAGGUGAGCGACUUUAUCGUGAUACGUUACGUAAUUCUUAAGGGGUCGAAUCGAGAGUGAGGAAGAGGGAUGACGUGUGCCUGCAUGUACCAACCGGCAUGUGUGCGGAAAAAGAAAAAAGAAAAUGAAGCAAAAGGAUAAUAUUUGUGUAAAAUAACGAAACGGGUCCGGGUAUGCAUCCUUUAAGGCCGUGGUACUUUGUACUUUCGAACGAUGCAUCGCGCGAAAAAAGACCAAAAAGAAUCGUCGCCGAUGAUAUUAGAAAAUCUCUCUUCGUUUUAGAACAAACGAUAAAAAAUUUCGCAAACGUUUCGUUAAGCGUGUCGGCACGUGUUUGCUCAAAAGUUGCCGUUUCGCGCGAUUCGCCGACACCACUGUUAACCACCGUUUGUGAUAUGUGUAAAUGUGUAAGCCGUGUAUAACUAUCACGACCGUAGAAGCGUAAUUGUGUAAUCUGUCCUGUGACGAGUGGCGCGAUUAAUGGCGAUAAUCCUGUCGCAUUUUACCGGGCAAAACUUUCCAACGAUGCUCACCAAACCUGGUAGCGGCAACUUUAUUCGGUUGCAACCGGUGUUAACUAUCUCCCUUUCUCUCGUUCUCCUCUCGUGAAAUUUGUCGCGUUAAUGGGAACGAUGAGAGAUCGCUACACAAUAUCGCGUUCCCACCGGUUGCCAACCAACCUGUGCCAACGUAAUUUCGUAAAAAAGGCGCGAAUGACAAAAGUGUGAAAACGAUCGCGGCGCCCUUCUCGUUCGGGAAACAAUAAUGAAUCGUUGACCCCCUCCCCUCCAAGCCUCUUAAACGUGGAGUGAGGGGAAAAAAAGGAGGGGGGAACGUUCGCCUCGAUUUAUAUGGAAUAUUACGUAUUCGGCCUACACACGUACAGAUGCGCGUAAUUAAUCGUGAUAAUCCCGGUGUAAUGCAGCACAGCCUAACGACAUUAUCUUCCAUUGCCUUGCUCCGCGCAGACGACCUUGCUCAUAAUGUCCAAAUUAGUUCUAUCUACGAAAUGGCCGUGCUCAGAUGCGUUGUACACCGUUGGAAGGAACACCUUCGGUGAUUAUAUAACGGGUUAUGGGAAAUUAAACGUGAAAAGCGUGAAAAUUCGUCGGGAGGGGGCGACGAUUUUUUAGAAUUCGACGUGAGCGAGCGAAUCGUAUUUUUUUUUUUUUAGCGUAUAGAGAGAAACGGAAACAGAAGGGUUGUAGGGAUCCAAAGUCGAUCGCGCCAAUCGAUCUUUCGUUCCCGAUUGUUCGUUGAAUCAAAUUUUAUUGUACAUAUAUUUUCUAUGUCGGUUGUUAGUCGAUCUAUAAAUUAUAUGAUAAAUCUUUUAUAGAGAGAGAAAGAGAGAGAGAAGAACGCAAGACGACUUUCUUGGACCACGAUGUUUCGCAGCGUUAGUAUUACCGCAUGUUUCCAAAGCUAAUCCACUAUUUCCUAGGUAGACAGCUGUUUCUCGUAACCGUACACAUUGUCAACGAGGAUAAUCCAGUUUCUGCAAAUAAUAAACCGAAUGGUAUUAUCAAGCUUGCGUGCCCGGAUUUCGAUGGGAGCAAACGAAAAGCUCUCGUGUGUGAACAUGUACAGAAAGAAAGAGAGAAAGAGAGAGUGAGUAUACAUACCGAGAGAGAUCUGUUCAUACAAGAUGGAUCAUCGAUCCCGAUCAUUCGAUCGAUUUUAAACGAUAAUAUUUCUUCCACCGUUCGGCCAUCACCAUCGUUCGACGAGGAAUUUGAUUUAUGUAAGUUAAAGCGAUGGAUAAUUUAAUGUGAUGUUCGAUGAUAUAGUCGCUGUCUGUUGUAUAUGUACAUACGUAUACAUAACAUAUAUACAUAUAUACAUAUAUAUAAAUAUGUUACGAACGUCGCACAAUGUUAAUCUCAUUUACGGUUGAAUAAAAUUUUCAUAUAAAUUCCAUGCUCGACUUUGAAAGCUGAGAGAAAGGCGAGAGAAAAAUUCAAUUAUUCACGGCAUUCGUAAUGGUAAUAGACCAUUUAUAUCGCCGCUCGGUUCGAAUGUCUCGAAUAAAUUUUUUUGUUUCUUUCUUU